UGCAGUAUUUACUUUCAUCUUGCUGUCAGUGACGCGCAUGUCGCUGCGUCAGGAUCAAAGUUCGGAUGCCGAUCAAAACAAUUUCAGUACUGCCAAACACUUUUUGCCGAUGGUUUAGGACUGAAUAGUACAGCGUCUGCAUUGAUGUUCAAAGACUACACAGUGUUAUACAAUUGGUUUCUGUACAAAUGGGGACUCACACCAGGAGACACCACCAACAUGCUCAACGUGUGCAACCAGUUGGAGUUUUUCAAUGGGUGUAUGGGCAACGAUCGAGGAUGCUUCCAGAUCCAGGAACUCAUCAAAGGAACUGAUAUGAACAACGCUUUCCUCAUCGACGGAACAUUGGCCAUGUAUCAAUUCAACUGUGGACCGGGCCUUAACACUCUGAUACACGAGGGUGUUGCGUGCGCGCAGCUGAUUAUCGAAGGCUAUCAAAACUACUUACAACAGUGCGUCUCCACUUACAUGUCGUCAAUAACUUAUGAUUAUGCCAACGGUUGCAGGUAA